AUGACCAUAAGUAACACUAAAUUUUAUUAUUAUUUUUUUUCUUCCUUUUUCUCCUUCACGUUUUUGCACCUUGGAUACUGUGCUAGCCAAAUGACUACCAUAGUUGGCCAUAGAGGGUGUGGAACGAGUGAAGCCGGGGGAAGUUCCCAAUACCCGGAAAAUUCUCUUUACUCAUUUAAAAAAGCUAUAGAUUAUGGAAUUGAUGGAAUUGAAUUAGAUGUAUGGUUAACAAAGGACAAUGAAGUUAUAGUGAUACAUGGAACGGAGGAUGGGUUACUUGGUCAUACUUUACUCUAUGAUGAAAAUUUGAAAGAGAAACACAUUGAAGAAUUAACUGCUAAAGAAAUUAAGCGUUAUCACUUUAAGGAGCCCUGGAUUUUAACAAAAGGGAAAAGUUUUUAUGACCAAGAGUGGGGGGCCACUUCCAUAAACCCAGAUGUAGUGCAAACCUCAAGCAGAACUAGUAAUAAUAAUGAAAAUACACAUAAUUGUAAUAUCUAUAUCCAGGGUCAUACGAAUCAAUUGGCUGAUUCCAUCCAGAUGGAUCAUACUCAUGAGAACCAUCAUAUGAGAAAAAACUGCUUGAUCACAAAAGAUGGAGUUGUUAAAUUUAGUGAUCUCAGCAAAACAGAAAAGCUCGAAAAAGCAAACGAAUACGCAGAAUAUAAUAGGCCAUACAUAAAUAUGGAGGAAAAUGAGGAGUUAGAAAAAAUGCUUAUUCAAAGUGGAUGGCGACAUGAUAUGUUUUUUCCUGAAAUAGUAGAAAAUGUUGAACAUAUUCAAGAAGUAACAAAUGUAGAAGAACCAAUAGAUGAACCGAAUGGACAACAUCAUAUGUGCAAAAAGAACGGAAUGCCAUCAAAAGAUGAAAACAUGAAUGAGGAAGAAUUCGUAAAGAACAUUGAAUGCAAAAUUUGCAAAGAGAUUUAUACUAACUAUGUAAGCAAAAAAAAUUAUGAUUUAAAAAAAAAAAAAAUUUUGUUUAAAUUUAUUUCUAUGUUCUAUCAUGUACCUUUAUUAAAAGAUAUACUAAAUGUGUAUGAAAACAAAUUAACAUAUGAUAUUGAACUAAAAGGAACAAAAGAAAAUUUAGGACUGUACUUAUUAGACAUAUUAAAGAAUUAUAAAAAUUAUAAAUUUAAAUUUAGUUCAUUCAGUUGGGUGUUACAAGAUAAGGAUAGCAAACAAAAAAAUGAUGAAAAUAAAAAUAGGAAUCAGUUUACGUAUGAUUCCUAUCCAGUGGAUAAUUAUCAACAAACUGAUUUAUUGAAAGUGCUUCGAAAUAAUAACUUAAAUAUACCUGUGGCUUUAUUAUUUUCAGAUGAUGAAAUUAUGCCAAAUUUUAAUUCCAUACCUUACACAAUGGACUAUUACAAUGCCGAAUGGGCACAUUUUUCUUAUCGAACAUUUAAAAAACCAAUUGUUAUGAAAUGUAAUAAAGAUAAUAAAACUAUUCCUGCAAUUGAUUUUAUCAAAAUGCUACGUGAAAAUAAUAAAAAAAUUAUGAUUUACUGGGGUACUGAAGAUAAAGAUAAAUAUGAGGAUAUUUUACACUACAUAAAACUUAAUGUCGAUUCCAUAUGUCCAAAUAAUAUAGACAUUGCCAAAGAAGCAAUGCUGGAAAUGUCCUGA